CCGGCCCCGCCAGCCGCCCCCCAUGGAGGAGCAGCCCCACCACCACCAUCACCACCACCACUAUUACUACUACGGGCACCACCACCACCACCCGCAGAGCGCCUACCUGCCGCCGCCCGACGGCCGAGCCCAGCCUAAGCCGCCGCUCCGCCACGAGCACAAGCACGGCGGCCCGCAGCACACGGAGGCGCCGAAGCGGAGACCAGGCUACGGAGAGCUAAAUGGUAACGCAGGAGAACGAGAAGUGUCACUAAAGGGCCUGUGCUCUGAUGAAGCCACCGCCCCAGGAUCCAGGGUACCCAAUGGCAGCCAGCAGCUUGUAGAUUCUAAUGUCACCCCAAAGCAGACUGUGAAGGCCAGUGCUUUGGGGAAAGCUGGAAUCAAAACCAAGAACUUCAUUCAGAAAAAUAGCAUGGACAAAAAGAAUGAAAAGUCCUAUGAAAACAAACACAGAGAAAACCAGACCUCGGACAAGCCAGAGGGAGUGUCUAUUCCAAACGGCGUGGUAACCAAUAAUUCCAGCUACAUCACAAAUGGCUACGUAGGCAAAGGGGCCGAUAACGAUGGUAGUGGCUCCGAGAGUGGAUAUACUACACCUAAAAAACGGAAAGGCAGGCGCAACAGUGCCAAGGGUUGUGAGAACUUGAAUCUAGUACAGGACAAAAUAAUGCAGCAGGAGGUCAGCGCACCAGCCUUGAAACAGGAACUUGAGAGUUUCAAGCCUGAUUAUAGUGAACAAAAGGGGAACCGAAUUGAAAAUACGAAGCCUGUUUGGAAAUAUGAGGCUGGGGCUGGUGGAGCAGGCCGAGGAAAGCCUGGGCUCGGGGAUGUACCGAGGAAAAACUCUGAUGCCAAACCUGGGAUUAGCAGCAAGAAGUUUGAUGACCGGCCCAAAGGGAAGCAUGCAUCGUCGGCUACAUCUAAAGAGGAUUCAUGGACCUUAUUUAAACCACCCCCAGUUUUUCCAGUGGACAAUAGCAGUGCUAAAAUUGUUCCCAAAAUUAGUUAUGCAAGUAAAGUUAAAGAAAACCUCAACAAAGCAGCUCAGACCCCAUCCACGUCAUCCACAUCAUCCUCAUCGUCUUCAUCAUCUGCUGGGGAAACUCAGGCCCAAACAUCAAGUCGGCUGUCCCAAGUCCCCAUGUCUGCUAUGAAAUCUGUCACUUCUGCCAGCUUCUCGAACGGGCCGAUCCUCGCGGGGACCGAUGGAAGUGUGUAUUCCCCAGGGGCCCAGCCACUGCUCUCCACUGCUGCUAGUACUGUCCCAUCGACCUCCUCCUCCGAGUCAGUACCCCAGGACAUGAGUACAGCUUCGACAGCCCUCGAACAAAAGAAAUCUGGCCUUUUUAUCUACCCUUCAAAUAUGCAAACUGUGCUCCUGGGGACAGCGCAAGUCGAUUUCCCUUCCCAGACGAAUCAGCAGAACCUGGGGGAUAUCUUCCAGAAUCAGUGGGGCUUGUCUUUCAUAAAUGAGCCCAGUGCUGGACCUGAAACCGUUGUGGGGAAAUCUGCGGAUAAUCAGUUAAUGGAAGUGACAUUUCAAGGGGAAUAUCCUGCCACUUUGGUUUCACAGUGUGCUGAAAUCAUUCCCUCAGGAACUGAACAACCUGUGUUUCCUAAGGCUUAUGAGCUGGAUAAACGGACUAGCCCUCAAAUUCUUAGUGCUGUUCUUAAGCCUGGGACUGCUGUUGAGGGCGGUGUCUUAGCUUUGGAGUCGCAUCACACAGGUGACCUACAAAAGGCAGACACCGGUAGCCAAGGUGCUUUAGUGUUUCUUUCAAAAGACUAUGAAGUAGAGAAUCCUCUGGCCUCUCCUACGAACAAUUUGCUAGCCUCCGCCAAAGAACAGAGGUACCAGAGAGGCCUAGAAAGGAAAGAUAGCUGGGGUUCUUUUGACCUGAGGGCUGCUAUUCUAUAUCACACUAAAGAAAUGGAAGCGGUUUGGAAUUUGCAGAAGCAAGAUCCCAAAAGGAUAAUCACUUAUGAUGAAGCCAUGGAUCGCCCGGAUCAAUGAAGAGAAUUAUAAUCCGCAUGUUUUGCCAGGAGUAAAGCAGCAAUCCUAUGCUGGUGAUAUUGUCUUAAAAGGAUCAUUCUGCUGAGGGAAAGAUGGUAAUAUUGCAGUUCUAGGAUGCAUGGUGAAGUCACACAGUUGACCUGGCUCCUGUUACAUGUUGGACUAUUGCAACUGAAGAGUUAUUUCAUUUUAAAAGACAACAUGGAAAAAUAAGCAAUCUGUUUAGGCAUUUAAUAUGGAGAAAAAAAAAAAAACAAAAAAAAAAAACCACCUCCACUGUUCCCACCGUUUAAUGCCAUUGUAUUACUGGGAGCAAGAAAAAAAAAAAGACAAAAAAAAAGUAUCUUCUGCUUUCAACUGUAGGUGCUUCAUAUUUGCUCUGUCUGUCUCCUAACACUAAAUGUGCUGGAUUUUUUUCCCAUUUUCAUUGGAAAACUGAAGAGGAAUUGAGUUCUGCUAACUUUCACCCUUCUUGAAUUAUUUUUUCUCUUUAAAAAAAUUUCAAAAUAACAAAAAAAAAAUUAAAAAGUUUAAAAAAAAAAGAAAAAAAAUGGGAAUUUGAAUCCUUUUCAAUUUGUCCAUAGAACGCCAAUGGCUGGGCUUCCUGCCCCUUGGAAAUGCUCUUUUAUAUUUUAAUGCAGUCUGUGUAUUUCUGGGCUCUGCUUCUAAU